GUGAUAAGCGGAGUGAUCGGCGAUUGCAAGCCUGUCCAGAAGACAGAUAACGUCUUACAUCGGGCCACUGGGUACACGCGAUAGCGAAAACGUAUAAAGUGCGCGACGCGCCUUUCGUCGCACGCAGAUGUGGAAAUCCGUGGCGGUGAUAUUCAUCGACCUCCGGGGAGAGCCGUGCCUCCGCGCGUCAACCAAUCGCGACAGUCCUUUCACCGGUCGGAAUUCGAAACUCGUGCUAAAAAGGCCGAUUACCGGUAUCCUAUUCCCUUUCGAACUGGCUCGAGUGCCACCGACAACGUGCGCGAGCGAGAUUGGCGAGACGGAUCGCGACCUCGUCGAAGGCGAUCCGCCUGUUGCUGCUUUCGACGCCGUUAGGAUCCGCCGAGGACCGGAUGUGUGCCGUGUGAAAAUCGUGAAAAUCCCCGCCUAAUCCGCCGUUUAAUUUUCCCCGCGGCGAUCGAUCGCGUGAUUCGCGAUUGUAGCUUGUCGCGAUUAGCUCGCUAUCGCGCCGAUAAAAAUAACACGUGAAAUAUGUUGACGUGUUACAUGACCGCUUUACAAUGCGAGUGGAUCGAGAAUCGCAGACGGUGGAAUACCGUCGGUGCGUCGCAUUCGCAAUUAAGGAACAAUGUGAACGUCGAGGGUGCCACUCACAAGCAGGUGGUAGAUCUGAUAAAAUCGGGUGGUGAUGUCCUCACUCUGACCGUCAUCUCCGUGACACCGCAGGAAGCGGAGAGGCUGGAGCCCUGCGAGGACCUGAGCUACUCGUCGGUCGACUACAGCGAAAAGCGAUCUCUGCCCAUCAGCGUGCCGGAUUAUCACGUCCGCGAGAGGAAACACGAGCGUUACGUAGUCUUCAACGUCCACAUGGCCGGCAGGCACUUGUGCUCGCGUCGAUAUCGAGAAUUCGCGGCGUUGCAUAUGGCGCUGAAGAAGGAGUUCAUAGGCUUCAAUUUCCCGAAGCUACCAGGAAAAUGGCCAUUCCAAUUGAGCGAGCAGCAACUCGACGCGAGAAGACGCGGUCUGGAGCAGUAUUUGGAGAAAGUUUGUGCGGUGCGCGUAAUAGCGGAGAGCGACGCCAUGCAGGAAUUUUUGACCGACCGACUGGAGGAGGACGGUGAUCAGGGCCCGGCGGUUGAUCUCAAGGUUCUGCUACCUGAUCGUGAAGUUGUCACUGUCACCGUUCCCAAGGCGGCGUCGGUGAAAGAUGUCUAUGAUGCGGUUUGCUGCCGAGUCGGCUUGGAUGCGGAAACCGCCAAGUAUUUUUACCUGUUCGAGAUCGUCGAGUACAAUUUCGAGAGGAAGCUGCAACCUCACGAGCACCCGCAUACUUUGUACAUUCAGAAUUACUCGACCGCCAGCGCGACGUGUCUGGCAAUAAGAAGGUGGCUUUUUAAUAUAAAUAGACCGUUGAGCGAGCAGGCAUUGACUUGGAUAUUCUGGCAAACGAUUGACGAGGUGAACAGAGGUCACAUCACCGCGGGAGAACGAUUGUACCAGUUGAAGGCUCUGCAGGACGCGUCGAGAAAGCACGAGUAUUUGAAAUUGGCGAGGGAACUCAGCGGAUACGGCGACAUCGUGUUCCCACAUUGCGCGUGCGACUCGAGGAAGGAGGGCCAUGUGAUACCGGCGGUGGGCAUGGCGGCCUUCAAAUUGCAUGCCGCGAAGGAGGAUGGCACCCUGGAGUCACAGGUAGUCGAGUUCCAAUGGAACACUAUCGCUCGGUGGGAAGUGGACGAGGACGGGAUGGCGUUCUGCUUCCAAUACACACGCCAGGACAAUCGUCCUCCUCGUUGGCUCAAGGUUUUUACUCCUUACUAUACAUUCCUCUCGGACUGUUUCGAUCGAAUAGCCGAGGAAGCGAAGUGGGACGAUCCAGGAGAAUGACGUAACGUACGACGUUAAGAGGUAUCCUUAUAACGUUGAAGAUCCUUUCACGGGAUAUCUCGCACUCAUCUCUUUAUAGUCGAAAUUUUUUUUUUUUUUACUUAGGAUUGCGACAGUCUUUAGAAACGGUAUCGAGUUAGCAUAGCACUCGUAGCAUAUCAAAUUUUUCCAUCUGUCCAGCUUCGCCGAACGUUGCGUUUGAAAUAUUACCAAUGUCUACGCACUGAGAGUGUUUGCCCACACUAUUAUCAUUGGAAGAAUCAAACGCGUGUUUCGAACGUAGUACAUCCCGAUGAAGCAGAUACUUUUAUCCGAGAGAUCGCCGAUAAUCUGUUCCAAAAACAGGAAUGAUUUAAAAAUUUACACUUGGUUUUACAUGCCACGUGCCGUUUGUCCAUGACCUGGUGAGAGGACUUUGGCGUCCAGUUCAGCGCGUGUAAGAAAAUAAAUUUGAUUUUUACGCGCCGAUAUAGCUGGAGCCAUCAUUUUGAUGAAACACGUGCCGUGUCUUCUUUCGUUACGACGAACAAAAUGCGGCACACGCGAUGGCAUACAGGAGAAUUACGUUAAUGUACAGAUACGUAGACUAUUAUUACAGAGAUACGGAGAUACGGUCGUCCGCCUAGAAAUCACCUAUUCUUCCGGCCUAUGAACUAUCAUGCAUACAGCACAUGCGACUCGUUUACUGACGAGAGAAAAUCGAUCGUGUUAUAUAAAACGUUCCUCCUUGUUCGCCUAAUAGACCCGAAACUCUCUUUCGUUGGAUCCGCACGAGCGUAUCGAUCGAGCGUUUUAAGCGAGAGAAAUAAUAUCCUGUGCAUUUUCUAAUGUGCAAUAUUUUAUAAAUCAAUAAUAAUUUGUCAAUUCGUUACGCAGGAUAUUUUAAAACGAGGGGCCUUUGCACAUUUAGAAAGGAUCUCAAUAGCGUCGACAGCGCGUCCAAUUUAUCGCUGUGCUAGGCUUCAUUUAUAUUUUCUGCGAUUAAGGAUCUGAGGAGAGGAAAGAAAUCUUGGAGCUUUUU